AGAGAGGGGCUGCAAAAUUUGUACGGACUGUGGGUGCGGCAAUGGGAGACGUUGAUAUGAUUGUAUGUCCUUGCAUUGAUUGUCGUAAUAUCGAUCGUCACUCAGCCAGUGUUGUAGUUGAUCAUCUUGUAACAAGGGGAAUGGACGAGGCUUACAAGAUGCGGUCUGAUUGGUAUCAUCAUGGAGAAUUGAAUCCAGUGGUUGGAGGUGAAAUCAAUCAAAGUCAGUGGAAUGAUGAAAUUGUUGGGUUAUAUCAAGCAGCUGAAUAUUUGGAUGAAGAGUUUGCUUCCAAAAGGAAGAGGAUGGAGUGUACUGGAUUGGAAGCUGAUAGUGAGGAUUUAUCUAGUGAGUCAGAGGAAGAAGAAGAGGAAGAAGUAGAAGUAGACGAGGAUGAGUUAUCUAGAUGGAAGAAAAGGUCUACCUUUUUCAAGCUACAAUAUUGGGAGGAACUCCCUAUGAGACAUAACUUAGAUGUGAUGCAUGUGGAAAGAAAUGUGGUUGCGAGUAUUGUAUCGACACUGUUGCAUUGUGGCAAAUCUAAGGAUGGUCUUAAUGCUCGUAAAGAUCUGGAGGAGCUUGGAAUUAGGAAGGAAUUGCACCCUAAAACCAAAGAAAAAGGACUUACCUGCUUGCAGCAAUGUGGUCUUUAUCCAAGACAGAAAAGAAGAUUUUUUGUUGGCGACUUUUUGACUUCAAAGGCCCAGAUGGAUACUGCUCCAACAUAUCAAGAGGCGUAUCAUUACAAAACUCGAGUAAUUGAUAGGGAGCACAUUUUGACAUUGGAAGCUGAGGUUGUUGAAACUCUCUGCAUGUUUGAAAGAUUUUUCCCUCAAAGUUUCUUUGAUAUCAUGGUACACUUGACGGUACAUCUAGGAAGGGAAGCUAGACUAGGUGGACCGGUUCAUUUUAGAUGGAUGUACCCGUUUGAGAGAUAUAUGAAAGUCCUGAAACACUUUGUCAGAAACACUGCAAGACCAGAGGGGUGCAUUGCUGAGUGCUAUCUUGCUGAAGAAUGCAUCCAGUUUUGUAAUGAAUUUUUGAAGAAGACGACAAAUGUUCAAGAGAAGGUUGACAGAAACACUGAGUAUGAUAAUAGUUCUAUUCUUGAGGGGCGUCCUAUAUCUACAGGGAAGACAUUUUCUCUCACUGAAAUGGAGAAGAAAAUAGCCCAUAUGGCUGUCAUCCAGAAUAUGGCUUUGGUUGAUCCUUAUGUGGAUGAACAUCUACAACAUCUACAAGACUCAAAUGGAAGAUGUAGACGUGAUGCAUCAACAUUAUGGAGUAUGCAUAAUCAGAAUUUUGCCUCUUGGCUAAAAGCACAGAUACCUCUUAAUUCAAACAGACAUGACGAAACACUUAAAUGGUUGGCAUUUGGUCCACGUAGUUAUGCACGGUCAUAUACAGGUUAUAUAGUCAAUGGGCAGCGGUUUCACACAAGUUCAGUAGAUAGGAAAAGUCAGAAUAGUGGUGUUUUUUAUGAGGCUACGGCAAUCUGUAGGUCUAGUGCUAAGGAUACUUCACAAGUGGUGGAUUUGGUAUCUUACUACGGGAGAGUAACUGAUAUUAUCUUGUUGGACUAUAAUGUGUUCUAUGUUCCUUUAUUCCGGUGUGCAUGGGCAGUGAAGGGUAAUGGAGUAAAAGAAGAAGAUGGUUUCACACUUGUUAACCUUAAUCAUAGUCAAGUAAGUUUUUCAAGGGAUCCAUAUAUAUUAGCCUCUCAAGCAAAGCAAGUUUUUUACUCAAGGGAAAACGAGUCAUCAAGUUGGUAUGUUGCUAUGAGAGGUCCUUCAAGGAGAUUCAGUCAGAAAGAUUUUCAAGAUGGAAUUGCAGACAUUUGUCCAUUACCAGCCAAUAUUGACAUGGGUGAUGACUUGGAUGAAGCAGAAAAUGAGAGAACUGAUUGUGAAGGAAUUUAUGCAAGAUUUGAGGUAGAUGAAGAGUACCAGAAGACUGCACUUCUUAAACAGAUGGGAUGUCUGUGGAGGUCAUGGAAAUCACGUCUUGUUACCCGGAUUAGAGAAGCCAAGACUAACCAACAAAGGAUGAAUCUGCGUCCAAAGAAUGUUUCUCCAUUUGAAUGGCGAAAAUUUGUCAAGCUCAAAACUAGCAAAGAAUUCAAAGUAUUCAUUUGGAAUUAGCUAAGUUUAUUUCUGAUAUAGUAGAUUACAUAAUACACUUAAUAUGUUAGGUUGUGAGCGAUAGCUAUAAAGAAAGAAGGCGCAAUCAGAUUCCUCACACCACUAGCCGCAAAGGAAUGGUUAGACUAACAGAAGACAUGGUAAUCAUACUACAAAUAUGUUGUUUAAACUCAUCAGUCUACUUUAAUAAUAAAGACUUCCAUUGACU